UUUUUCAAAACAUAGCCUAUAAUCAAAUUACCCAAACAAAUCCUUGAAUUUAGACGUUGUAGAAUCCUUUGACGAAGAAGAAGCAGGGUAAACAUUAAAAUCAAUCGGAAAGUGGAGAUGUCACGGAGAAUCGGGACAAAGCUCUUCGUCCACAGAUUAUGCUUUUACACUACACAGGAGCAGCUCAAGAAGUUGUUCUCUCCAUUCGGACUAGUUACCCAAGCUGAUCUAGCUUUGGAUCCUAUAACCAAAAGGCCCAAAGGGUUCGGCUUUGUCUCCUUCAAAUCUGAAAUUGAAGCGGAAAAGGCUUUGAGAGCCAUGAAUGGCAGGAUUGUUAGUGGAAGGCUGAUUUUGGUUGAACUUGCAAAUGAGAAAUGACCUAGAAGAGACAGUGCCUUAUAUACAGUGAUUACAUUCAUCAGAUGUAGACCAAAACUUGAUCAAUCAGAGUAAUAAACCAGCUAUGCAAUAUUUUUUCGUAUUCUUCAAUCUUCUAACAAGAGGCAUUACAUUGUGAGAAUACAGUAUCCAAUUGAGACAGCGGUGCAAAAGAUUUGCACGAUUGGAUUCUGUGUUGCUUUAGCAUUUGAUAAUUGUCUAAAAACAAAUUAUCACGUUACUUUUAAACAUACUUGCAUAAAGCAGAAUAAUACUUGUAUUCGGUUAGGGAAAAAAA